AUGGGCCAAAAUUGGACUCUAAUAAGUAUUGUUAGUGUAAUAUCUUUAGUACUACUGGUUGGGAUUAUCGGAAAUGCAUUGGUAAUAUACAUUAUUGUGGCUAACAGUGAUAUGAGAUCAGUCACUAAUUUCUACAUCGCAAACCUAGCAGUUGAUGAUAUUGCUUUUCUCCUGACAUGUUGUGCUUUUACGGCCGCUACUAUAGGAAAAGAAUGGAUGUUAGGAGGCUUUAUCUGUAAACUUGUUGGUUACAUGCAAUUCGUAACUAUUCAAGCCACGUGCUUUUUCCUGACGGCUAUGACCAUAGAUCGGUAUCAUUUAAUCGUUCACGCUGUUAACGCAAGAAAUACGAGAACAAUUCGACGGGCUAUACUCAUAAGUCUCGGCAUUUGGGCAGUUUCGAUUCUGAUUCACAUACCAGCCGCAAUAUACACAAAUUCUUAUGUGGACAAAUAUAAUUACACAGUUUGCAAUCGGGACUUUGGAUCACCAAAACGGGAUAAUAUACACACAAUGUUCGCUUUCCUGUCAAUGUAUGUCAUUCCGCUUCUUAUAAUCACCAUCUGCUACGUAAAUAUUCUAAUGCAAGUUUGGAAGCGAACGUCAAUGGGGACAGAGAGUGCUCAAGCUCAACUGAAGGCGUCCCAACGGAAGAGGAAAAUAACCAGAAUGGUAUUUAUAGUUGUCAUACUAUUCGCUCUAAGUUGGUUACCCCUUCACGCCAUCAUUCUUGGAAUGGAAUUCUAUGAUGGCAAGCCUGUAUUUAAGUCAAGCAGUUUUCAGUAUCUGAAUGUUUUCUGCUUAUGUCUGGCCUACGCUAACAGCAGCAUGAACCCAUUUGUGUACGCAUUCACUACUAAUAGUUUUAAAAAACAUUUUGACCGUAUAUUUCGUGGCUUGUGCAAUAGUAGUAAAUCGAGAGAGAAAGGAAAUACGUCUGUGAUGAUGACUGAAACACGAUUUUCAAAGUUAGCCAUGUCAACAGAUGGAAACUCUCUGAAUUAAGGAACUAUGGACAGAGCUUAUUUGUAAACAUGUACAGAGAAUUUCAGUUUGUAAAUACGUUAGAACAAUUCAUUAAACGACCAUCUAAAGACCUAUGGUGCAAAAUAUGUUGUAAUGAUCAUCAAUUGCCA